AUGCUCAAAAACGCGAUCGGUCUUCUACGUCGGGUCCAGGGGAAAGGACCGUUUGCCGAUGAGCUUGUCGAUUUAUACUUCGAAAACGCUCAUCCUUGCUUUCCUAUUCUAGAUGAGCUGGCUAUCAAGAAACAUGGAGCGAUAGGAAUCUCUUCCACUCUGUGGUCUUACAUCAUCACCAAUGCAUUGUCUUCUUGGGACCGAUCACCAAAGUUGAGGAGUCAUCCCCGACCUGAUCCCAUCUACGCUUGUAAUGUUGCUGUGGCCGCCUUGCAAGAAGACUUCAAUGAGUCUAGUGUCUCGACCAUAUUGAGCAGUGUGCUUGAUAUGAUUGGUCGACCAGUCAACUCUAUUGUGGGAAACAUCAUUAACGAGGGCCGAACGCUGGCUCUUGCUCACACGUUUGGUAUGAAUCGAAAUCCGAGCAACUGGGGUUGUUCAGAUCAUGAGAAGCGGCUGAGGAUACGAACAUGGUGGGCAGUUUUGAUCAGUAACAGAAUAUUGNCCAACUCUGAUGGCCAGAAACCAGACAACAGUAGCGAACAUCUACGGUAUCGUCUCUCUGUACUGCGUAGCUCGGCACGCGAGAUAGCAGACUUUGUUUACACAGCCCAUCUUCUAGCCUCCUCAGCCAUGAUACUUCUCCGCUGCACUAUCGAAACCACCGAUCCCCUCGCCCGCGAGACCUGCAAACGCAGUCUCGAGGCCCUCCGCAAACGCUUGCGCUCUGCUCGUGACGACGACAACUGGGAUCUUGCCGAUAUCUUCCUCAAUCAAUGCGACGAACCCAUCUCUCGCGUCAUCAACAAACUUUCCACUGCUCCUCCCACCACUGCCGCUGCCGCUGCUUCUCCUCAUCAUCAGCCACAUACCCAAGACCAGUUUAUUCCUGCCAUCAAUGUUGAAGAUGUGGUGUUGCAGCCAUUGCAACAAGACUUUGCUUUUGAUCUCGCUGGGUUUGGCACAACGACAACGGAUUUGGGAUUUUCGUUUGAGGGAUUGGGGUUGCCGUUUGAGAAUAUGUGGAGUGGGUUUGAUCAGGAUGUUGAUGCUAAUGGUAUGCCUGGAUUCUGA